CGAGGAAGAGGGCAAGCGUUGCCGGAAAACAUUGAAAAAGUUAACUUCGAAUGUAAAGUAAAUUCGAAUUAUAUUCUAAAUUAUCGCGUGAUUCGAACAGCAGUUUUUUACUCUAUUGUAAAAAAUGGACGAAGCUGACAGUCCUCCAGUUAUAGAAAUUCCAAUCGUCCAUAAAGAUGCAGGUAUAGCUACUAGUUGGGUAAAUAGUAACAAAAUUGGUAUAUACACGUGCAAAAAUUUGCACGAGAGUUAUCAUGGAAAGUACGACUCGACUGUGCAUAUUUUAAAACCCGAAGUAAUCCUAUUUUCACCUCAAUUGCGUAAACUUGUGAACGAAAGCAACGGUGUCUUCUUGUCCAUUCAAAAAAUUAGAUCGAGCUCUGGCGAUGUCAGACCGGAGCUUUUAAAACACAGUAAACAAUAUUGAUCUAUUUUGCAAGCAUGUGUAGAAAGUGCCAUAGAUGGUGGUAUAAUAGGUAUUCUCCCACCAUUGUAAUAGAUCGCUGCCUUUAAUGAACCACUGCUCGAUAAUUUACUAAUUACUCUUUUUCUGUGAUUAAUUUAUCAACUUUUACAGUUUAACACUUCAAUAUUGUGGAAUAGUACUGCCCUUUUAUAACCUUCGCUACCACAUUCUGUUUCUCGAU